AUGAAGGAAGAGGCAAGACAUACUUGUGUCUUUGAGUCUUCACGUACCAGCCCCUCAGAUUCACAACUCCAAGAAGAAAUGCAGCUCCCACCAGAGAUGAGUGGUCAGCUCGUGAGAGUCAAGUCGGAACCACCUGAUGUUGCAUGCCUGCCAGAAGAAGAGAGCCAGAUACAGCAACAGCAUCACGACGAGUCUCCAUCAGCAGGAAUUAAAGCGCGACUGGACAACGUGUACAGGGAAGCCUCCCCAUCGUACACAACAGUAAAAGACUGGGCUAAGCAGUUUCGACUGGGGCGAGAGUCCAUUGAAGAUGACCCAUGCGAUGGUCGUCAAGUGGAAGUGGUGACACAAGAAAAUUUGUCUCUUGUCGAGGAGGAAGUGCUGAGCGACAGGCAUCUGAAGGACAAUGUCCCUGUCCACACGGCUUCUGUUGCCAAGGCUGCACUGAAGGAGUGCGUCUUCAGAGAAAUCCACCACCCACCCUACAGUCCAGGCUUGGCACCGAGUGACUACUUGCUGUUCUCAAGCUUGAAGAGGGAUCUCAGAGGAUGGAGAUUUCAAAACGAUAGAGUCACAGGUGGGACGUGUCGCAUUAAAGGAGAACCUCGAAAGGACUCUGCGAAUGAACAUCCAAUCCUAGAAGUCAAGACAGAGGCUUACAAUGUUGCAGUCUUGACAGAACAGGACCAGAUGGGACACAACUGUGAUUCAACAUCGGAAGAUGCAAGAGACAUCAGUGUUACGCUCCAUAUUAAGGACAAGCCCAGAUGCACAUGUGAACAAGAAUACUCAGGUUACAUUUCUUCAUAUGCACAGUUCAAGAUCAGCACAGCAACAGUUGAACUGCAGCUCGACAGCACUGCACUAGUCGCUACGAACGAUCGACACGCUGAGCAACACAGAGACCAAAGCAAGCCACAGGCACUUGCAUGCAUGUCGAAAGCCAGCCUCGAAUGCCACAUGUUUGCAGACUGUCACAAAGAGUCUGAAAAGUGUUCCACUACUCCUCCGUCGGAUGUUCAGAUGGGAGGGAUGGGUUCUGGGUGCAACACUUGUCCCUCUGCAUUCUCGUGGUCUGCAGGAGACGAGGACCACAUGGCUUCAGAGUUCAGCAUGAGCCGGAACCUACAGCAGCACAAGAGGACAUAUUCAUCCAAGAAGCCAUACAAGUGCGAUGUCUGCCCUGCGGAGUUCACCCGGAAUGCUCACCUCGAGCAGCACAAGCGGACACACACUGGCGAUAAACCAUACAAGUGCAAUGUCUGCCCUGCUGAGUUCAGCCAGCGCGGGAACCUACAGCGUCACAAGUGCACACACGGGGGCGAGAAGCCAUACAAGUGCGAUGUCUGCCAUGCAGGGUUCAGCCUGAUUGGGCACCUACAGCGUCACAAGCGGACACACACGGGUGAGAAGCCAUACGAGUGCGAUGUCUGCCCUGCAGUGUUCAGCCAAAGCUGGCACCUACAGCGACACAAGCGAACACACACGGGUGAGAAGCCUUACAAGUGCGACGUCUGCCCUGCGAAGUUCAGCAGGGGCUGGAACCUAAAGCAGCACAUGCGGACACACAUGGUCAACAAGCCAUACAAGUGCGACCUCUGCCCUGCAGCCUUCAGACAGAAUGUAACCUUGUCACGUCACAAGCGAACACACACGCGUGAACAGCCAUAAAAUUGCAACCUCCGUCCUACAGUGUUCAUCCACAGCGCAAACUGUGAAACAUGUGCAGUCUCUGUCCUGCAGACCUGAGGCACAGCACAAACCUGCAGUGUAACAAGAAGACCUACAUGGGUGUGAAGGCAUACAAGUGCAACCUCUCUGCUGCUGAGUUCAUGUAGAGGAGGAACACACAGAGUUAGAAAAGAAACUGCUAGAGCUAGUUCAUCCAGAGCUCAAAACCUGUGGCUUAACAUGUAGCCAGGACACACUUGUGAAGGCAACCAUGCAAGUGCUUAGAGUCCGCGUGCACGUGAAAGUGCACCAGUCCUGGGGCUGUCGCAUGUGUUUGACGCAGACACCUGAAGACGCAUACGCUAAUGGACAGAUAAGGGAAAGCUGUAUCGAUGCGAUUUGUAUCCCACCGUAAUUUACUUGUGUUUGGCACUUUGAAACUCGCACACACGAACAGGCAGAGGGUAAAAAGAGUUGGGUUCGGGGAUGACACAUGCGAAACGUAAACAAACAAACAAUGAAGGGACACCCAUACAGUGACUCUGAAUUGCUAAGCAAGGUUUAUUUUCAUGAACAACAUAUGCAUUGCAUUGUUUCUCGCUUGCCUCUUUAUUGCUUUGCCUUUUAUUCCUUUCUCCUCUUUAUUUCUGUUUAUUAUGAUGAUGAAUGCUUCUUUUACGCCCUGCAUCUCCUCAGCUGAUAACAUAAACGAAUAAAUCAACCCAAAGAAAUAAAAUAAUAUUUCUAGACGACGUCACAACUUGUAAGAAGAAUGCCCACUGUUACCUUUCGUAUUAUGAGCAUCUAUUGUACAAUGCGUUGAAAGUUGUAACAAUUUGUGAAUGGCAUCUCAGGAGAAAUCGCGGAAUGACAAUCGUGUAUGGUAUGAGAGAUUAAAGGCUGUGACCUCAGUCU